AUGGGCCGGCCUAACCUCUUAAAGGCAUCAAUUUACACUGCAGUUGCUGGUUUUGUGUUUCUGGUGACGUUGUCAACUAUUCAACAGGUUAUGAUCAUUCUGGAAAAUGUGAAGAUCAUAGGAACAGUGACAGAGUACCACGACAUUGAACAAUACCCCAACACAACAAUUGUGUUGGCCGCUUUCAAAGAAUUUGAGCUAGUUGCACUGCGCCAUCAGGGAUUUUCAAGAGACACGAGAGAGCCUAAACUUCUGCAGAACUGCUCGGUGUUCGCCAUUCCUUAUCUGAAGAGCCAAGACCAGCAAAAUUGGAUCAUCAUUGACAAGGUCAAACGAGUGGAAUCUGUGUGGGCCUCUUUCAUGUUCUUCGAGGGUCCUAAAGAGUGGCGGAAUGGGUUUCUUCACAGGGUAGUCUGCAUCAACCCGAGUAGCUUCAUUUCCUAUCUCACCUACAUCACACCCAAACCAUUCGACAACUUCAGCGCCGAGUGGCAGAAAAUCUGUGACGAAGUGGACUACGACGAGGGCAUUGGGAGUGCGAGGGGGUCAUACACUCUGCUUGUGGACCAGAGUGGCAUCAUCCCCAUCACAGUGGGUAGUGGGACCCUGACCUCAAUCGAGAUGACACGUAAAGAGACCCUCGUGAACGAACACCUGCAGGACGUCGAGAUUGUCACUCUGGUAUCCUCUACAAUGUUACGAGAAGAGCGUCUGUUCAGCACAAUGAGUAUAUCUUACAGAUGGCCGGAUGGACAUAUCCUGAAGGUGAAAAACAUCAGAGGUGGCAGCUACUACUCCCUUGCUUUCAUUUUGUGUACUGUACUACUGGCAAUGGAAAGGUCCUACGCUUUCUUUUCACGAGCGAGGGGGCUGAACAAGAAAAGGAAGAAGACAGUGAAAGAAAGAAGUCAACUUCAAGAGGUCAACAGCAUCAGCAGAGGUCAUCACCAUCGCCAUGCAGACUCUCCAGACAUAGCUGAUACUGGAUUCCCAUCUUACAAGUUCACAUACGGGGUCAAUUGAAGUCAGAUCAGCUGAAGUCUAAUCAUUUGCAGUCAUAUCUUUUCCAGCAAAUUUGUAAACUUGUUGGACACCCACACUGUUUUGUAUCAAAACAGCAACUUGACAGCAUAUAUUUUUGAAUUUUUAUCUGCGUUUUUUUGCUCUGAAGUUAGACAGUAUUUAUUUUAUUAUCAGU